AUGUCCAAGUCCUCCAGGCGGCACAUCCCCAGCCCGCGGCAGGGCACCGACCGUGACCGGCGGACAAGGCUGUGUUUCCUCGGUUUGUUCGUGGUCGCGGUGGUGCUCCUGUUUUACCUGAGCAGCAUUCCCUUUACGAACCGCGGGCGGGGAGUAGAUCUGUACAAAGAUAAGUGGAACCACAAACACACCGAGUACAAUGCAGCUCAAAUCCAGCAACUGGUAUCUCAAAUACAACUAAAUCGCAUAUGGGAGAAACACCUGAGGCCUAUCCUGAUCGAAAGGCUUCCCGGGACGCAAGGCAGCAGGAUGGUGCAGCAGCACAUCCUAAACACGCUGUCCAAGCUGUCUGCCGGCUGGAAGUUAGACUUGGAUCGCUUUCUGUCCGUCACGCCAAAAGGGCAGGUUAUAUUCGCAAACGUCAUGGCCACUCUGGACCCCAAGGCCUCUCGCAAGCUGCUGCUGACGUGCCAUUACGACUCCAAGGCACUGCCUCGGGACAGCCGCUUCCCACACAGGGUGUUCCUCGGGGCAAGUGACUCGGCGGUGCCGUGCGCUAUGAUCCUGGAGCUGGCUACGGCACUGGAUAACAAGCUAAGGGCUUACAAAAGACAGAGUCCUCAAGUCACUCUGCAGCUGGUCUUUUUUGACGGGGAAGAGUCGUUUGAGAAAUGGACCACGACCGAUUCACUGUACGGCUCCCGUCACCUGGCUGAGCGCAUGGCUUCCACGCCAUACCCUGCAGACGCCAUGUAUACCACCCUGCUAAACACUGUGGACCUCUUGGUGCUGCUCGACCUUCUGGGUCCUCCCAAUCCAAUGAUUGUGAACCACUUUGAAAACACGGCACGCUGGUUCGACCGCUUGAUAGCCGCAGAGAAGCGCCUCCACCGUCAAGGUUUGCUGGCGGCACACCCCGUGGAGCAGACCUACUUCAGGAAGGACGUGGUGUUUGGAAAAGUUGAGGAUGAUCAUACUCCCUUCCUCCAUAGAGGCGUGCCUGUCCUCCAUCUCAUCGCCACGCCCUUCCCGGACGUCUGGCACACAAUGGAGGACACCGAGGAGAACAUCCAUCCUCCCACCGUGGAGAAUCUGACCAAGGUCAUUGCUGUGUUCCUGGCUGAAUAUUUGGGCUUAUGAAGGCCACUUCUCAAGGAAAUUGAAGGACUGGAGUGAGAAAACGUCACUGUCAAGUGGACACCAGCUGAAGAGCUGUCACCGCUGUGUCCUCGGUCAAGUAUUUUUUUCUACUGCAUACGUAUUAGCAGAUCUGAACAAUUGUUAGUAAUUGCUUUUAUUUCUCUCAACUCGGCCUUUCUCCUUACGCCCAUAAAUCUUAAAUGCACAAAUGACUUUUUUGAGGUCAAAACACUGAAAUGCAGUGCAAAAAAAAAAAAGAUGGAAUGUUUUACCCGCAAGAAGUUGUGAAAUUCUUCCAAUUCGUCACUUUUUUUAAUCUGUAUCAAACCAGAUUUUUCCAGCAGGAUUACAGCCACAGUUAUUUAUUGACCAUAAAACACGCACACUAUUUCUUGACUUGUCACAUUCUUGCGCCAUACUUUCUUAACGUAUUCAUUGAUGGUGACUGCAAUACAUAAUUAGGCAUGGGCCAAUUACCGGUUUGACAAGUUAAGGUUGCACUACCCCCGGAUACUGACUGUCACUGGUAAUGAGCUCUUUUAGGAUUUUUUUGCUUGCAGGGUUGAGUAGUUAAUUGCCUCCAAUUUUUUUUUUUUCUCCUUCCGAGCAGUUACACAUGGAGGUAGGGCGCAAUACAAUGGUAAAAAAAAAAAAUCUUUUUUACUCAAAUAUUGCUCAAAGAAAGGUCAUUUUAGACAAAUAAUUUUAAUACCGUGAUAUCAUUUUUGCUCAUUGUUAAAACCUAAUAUUGGACUAUGCCUAAACAUGAUGUAUUUCAGUAAGCGGAGGGACCAUGUUUCUAAUAUUGGUCAUAGCUGAAAGAAUUUUGGGACCAAGGGUUCCUCAGGGUGACCCAAAAGUCACUACGUUUCCUUUUUUGUUUCAGGUAUCAUUCAGAUCACAAAUGUGAGGCCAUCAGCAUUUAACGGCUCAAGCUUUGCACUUUUUGUAAGCACACCACCCUCGCCAAUUGACAUUGGACCAGCGUUGCAAAAUCACUGACAUUUUUCUGUGAUCGACGGCAAAGGUAUUCAUGUUAUUAUUAUUAUUUUUUUAAACAAGAUCCACUACUACCGCCAUUGCUGAAAACAGCAAAGUUGUAGAGCAACUGCUUUUGAGCGUUGGAAAACAUCUUGCCAGACAGCAAUACAGAAUAUGCAAAGCCUGAGCGGUCAAAUGUUAACGCUAGAUGAAAUGCAGAGUAACUUUUGGCUCAUCCUGCACAACCUGCUUCACACAGUACAAUAUGUACUAUUGUGCUUGAGCCUUCAUGGAGUGUAUUGCAUGAAGUGAUAUUUACAAAUAAACUGGAUAAAAAUUUA